CGAGGUCUGCUAGCAGCAGGCGUAGACAUAGAGGAGCGACUGAGAAAGAGGCGGCGUCAUCACCGUCAUCAUCAUCAUCCAUUUACAAGCUAACGUUGGACUCUUUUAUGUUUAUACCCCGACGGGAAUCAAUGAAGGAAAGACGGUCGUGUCAGAAACUUUCCGUGAAACCCGCCAUGGAUCCCAGUUCGAGUGUGAAGUGUAAGAUCGUGGUGGUGGGAGAUAGCCAGUGUGGGAAGACUGCGUUGCUUCACGUGUUCGCCAAGGACUGUUUCCCAGAGAGUUACGUACCCACUGUUUUUGAAAACUACACAGCCAGUUUUGAAAUCGACACACAGAGGAUUGAACUCAGCCUUUGGGACACGUCAGGGUCGCCCUACUAUGACAAUGUCAGGCCUCUUUCGUAUCCAGAUUCCGACGCCGUGCUCAUCUGCUUUGACAUCAGUCGCCCGGAAACGCUUGACAGCGUAUUGAAGAAGUGGAAAGGGGAGAUACUGGAGUUUUGUCCGAACACGAAGAUGCUUUUAGUGGGCUGUAAGUCAGACCUGCGCACCGACCUGAGCACGCUAGUUGAGCUCUCCAACCACCGGCAGACACCAGUGUCUUAUGACCAGGGUAACAACAUGGCUAAGCAGAUCUCGGCGCCAUACAUCGAGUGCUCUGCUCAGCAAUCGGAGAACAGUGUGCGGGACAUUUUCCACGUGGCCACGUUGGCGUGUAUCAACAAGAACAGCAAAAACGUCAAGCGUAGCAAGACCACCCGCGCCACCAAGAGGAUCUCACACAUGCCCGGCAGACCCGACUUGGCAGCCGUAGCCUCAGACCUCCGGAAGGACAAGGCCAGAAGUUGCUCUGUCAUGUGACUGCUUGGACUGACGGGGAUUAGACUGGAAGGAAUAAGGACUCAGCACAACGUAAGCAGGGAACGAUGGGGCAAGUCUCCUUCCUGCGUGAGAAAGACCCCUUUUUUGUCUGGCGAGGGGAUUAAUAAGCUUCAAUUCAUGUACAUGUUCACGGAAUUCUCUGCACCAAUGACAAAAGUAGCAUCCCACUCAGCAUGGCCCCCCUCCCCUGCUGUCGAGGAAGCCAUCUGUCAGCAUGAUACCUGCUCGGGAAGUGGGCUGCUUCCUGUGGGAGAACAAAGCCCAUGCAGGCCACGCCCACAGGAAGUAAGCUGAGGAAGUGAUGUCACCUGGAAACGCACAACAUCUGAUAUUGUGAUGAGGUGAUAGGUGGGAGCGGUCGGUGCCAAAGUGCGAGAAGAGGUGCCGUUGCUCAGUGCUUCACAGUGGUUCAAUUAUUGUCCCUCAAGCCAUGGCGGGGCCAUGAUGAACAUCUCAGCUCUGCACAAAGUACGCCGUUUGCUCCCCCCCACCCCUGUCUGCGAUAUGGUGUCGGUAUAAUGUGAAGUCACUGGUGUGUAUCUGUGUCACUGUCCCACGUUGAGCUGUUUCACAAAUUGCAUGUCUGCACCAGGUAUGGGCAAAGACAUUUUUCAUAUCUUCAUUCCAAGAAGACAUCAUAUUCGUACAAGCCAGUGGGUGGGCGGUGCAUUUGGUGCCCGGGCCUUCAUUGGGGACACCAGGCACACUGUGAAGGCUCGUAAUGUGUUAAAAAAAUAAAAUAAAAAUGAUUCUGGUGGUUCCAAUCAGGGUUCCUGAGACUGAACACUUUUUUUAUCCUGGAAUACAUUGUCACAAAUACACCUGACUUUAUUUCUGCUGGUAAUUUGGAACAUUACUAACUAUUACCAGUGCUUGUAAAUUUGGUGCUCAGCCAAUAACGAGCAUAAAUGGAUCACCUCUGGGAUAAAGGGUUCAGACAAUGCCAAACCAGUACACUACAUCUGGAACAGUUCCAAAUCGAUAUUUCUUAAAAACAUAAAACUUUACUCUGCUCCGUUAGCUGUAAAUUGGCUCAUCAAGCAGUUUUGCUCUGAUCAGCGAAUCAGACGAUGGAAAAAUGCUGACGUUAUUGUUUGAGGCGAAUUUGAAAUCUGAUUAAAGAAAUAGCCCCGUUGCUAAUGUAGUUUAAGGAACAUGGGACAGCACUCUUGGUUCUGAAGGUCCUGGGCAAAUUAGAUUGGCAUGGCACAUAAAAGCUAAAAUCUGACUGGAUAAAAACAUCGUAACGUACACAUACCCUACUGCGUUCAAGAGAAGAGAAGAUAGACUGUUGGGAACAAUUAAUAAAAUGGAACUAAUUCUGAAAUUUUAAGUAGUAAAUGUAGGUCAGUGUUUAAGGUCAGCAGAAAAGGCUUUGCUGGCCCUGACUGCACGCCACAUCGACAUUCCAACAAUAGUCUGAGCGAAUCCUCUUCACGUUUGAAUGGAAAAGCAAAAAUAUUGCGGUCUGCAGGACCUUCAGUGUUGAAAUAUGUACGUGUCAACAUGAUAGUUGACCAUCUCCCAAGGGUACCAAAGAUAAGAGCAAGGAGACCUCCUUACAUCUCGGCUGUCUGCACACUAGUUGCGUUCGAAGACUGUCAAGUGCAAGUCCAAUAAGCCUCCAUUUCAUCAAGACGUAGCGGCUUUUUAAACUUUUUUUAAAUGUCAUGCUCAUCCCUAGCGUGCACCAAAUACGCCAUGAAUCUGUGAGGACAGUUUCAUUCAUCUACACAUCUGCGAUGGGUUCAUGAAGUGGCCCGUGUGAUACAUAGUAACAAUCAGGAGACAGAUCUUCUGACAAAAUACAAUUGAACCUUUCAGCCUCAAUCAAAAAGCUCUUUGUUUUGGGACAUGUGAGAACAUACACUAAACGACUAUACCUCCCUUCUUAGCCACCAUGCAACUAUGGAAAGAUUGCCAAGCUUUCAGUCAGGUUUAACAGCUUUUUGACUUGAGACAAAAGCCAAACAAAGCUGUUUCCUUUUGGUCUUCUAUAGACUAUGUCCACUAUCCUUAGCAGAUUUUGCAAUUAUUUUUUUGUUGAAUAUUUUGACCCUACUGUGAAGGCAUCACGGGUCAACUUUCCAAGUCCAGGAUAGAGUAGCUGUUCGGUGAAUGUUGCCUUAAUUUACAGCACGGUUAACUAGGUUAUUAGUCAGGAUGCAUAAUCAAUUAAAGAAACACUGUUUUGUUCAAAAGCCCCUCCACCUUCUUAGUCUGUGUCAAAAGGUCAACAAAUGUGCUGAGGGCCUGUGUUGGAAAAAUGCAAUUGAAGUAACAGGUAAUGACGCACUUAUAAUGUAACUUUGUCUUCAGUUUUAUGUUGUUCCCUGACUGUAUUUUCAUGUUUUCGCCAAGGACGAUGUCAAUGUUGUUGCCACGAUAUUUAUUGAAUUCUAUAUUUUCCUUUUGAAAUAAAUGCAAAUUAAAUUG